AUGAUGGACGUGCUAUUAGCAGCCAUAUCAGGCGCUGCGCUAGCCUACUUUACAGUCAACGACGUAGUAACAGCAAUUAGACCAUGGAGCGUUCAAUUAACAGACAUGUGCUUUCACCCUGCCAACCAUGACAGCCAAGGCAAUCUACGAGUUGUCUACACUGGACUAUCUUCGAUGCUCGAUCGACAGUUAUGUGUGAUUGUUAAUAUCUUUCAGCAUGCCAUGCAUGAUAUUCUCGGUGCACCCAUCCUCAGACUUUUACUCGCUGCCUUUGGUACUGCUCUAGCCAUCAUGGCCAUCGAAGGUUCGCGUAAGGGUUCUAAAAAGACGCUGUUAGCACUCUUUCCUAUCUACGGUCUUCUUGCCAACGUCAUCAGUAUAUCGGUCAUGUUCCCCUUGAUUUGGAUCCCACUUUAUGUACUUUACAAGAAAAGAGCACCUACCGAAAAGGAAUAUUGGAGCAUCACUGUUGAACGUGUCUAUGGCCUGUUUACAGCCAUGUAUGUCGGCUACGGCCUGCCUAGCGUCGUUCUGACGACACCACAACUGACACAACCAGACACCAAAUGGGAACAAGAUCUUUUGGCCAUCUGGCAGCUUGCGCCCAUCUUACUCGUCCCACUUAUUCCUGUGUUUGUCAGAUUCUUUAAACAGCCUUCGCCGAUCGAUAGAGUAAAUGAUCCAGCCAUGCGACAUCGCUUAAAGAUUGCAGAAGGAAAGGAUGCCUUAGAGAAAUCAUAUCUACUUUUGGGUAUUGUCAACAUGAUCAUCUACUUUGGCAUGUACCUGCUCGUCGCGCUUCAAGGUAUCCGCAUUUGGGAUUCUCUCGUCUUGCUCUAUAAUGCACCUGAUAACUUGCCCGCGUCUGUGUCAUUUGGCGAUCUUGGUCAGAUUCUGACAACCCGUCUCUUUAUGGUUGACUUUGCCGUCUUGUCUCUGUCAUUUGUGCUGUGGGCCAUCUUGGAUGGUGGCCUCAAAGCAGGUCUCCUGGUUGCGUUUGUCAUGCCUUUCAUUGGUCCCUCUGCUGCCAUCUCUUUUUAUGCCUACUACAGAGAAAAUGUUAUUCAAGACCUGACCUCAACACAAGUCAAUCAAGACGCUUCUGAUAGAAAACAAUAA